AGUCGAAGAGGUGAAUUUUGGAUUCAUCUCUGAAGCAGAAAACGCAGCAUUUGUCUCUAACAUCCUCCAAAAUACCCCUUUUAAACAGUUGAUCUUUAGUCGAUAAUCUGCCGAGAAACAAUCUCCAACUGAACAUCUGAAUCUUAGAAGGAACUUUCAACUUCCAAAGAGAUACGAAAUCUGUGCCGUUGUGAGCAGGAAUGCUAACGUCUUGGAGGAUGACGUUAGCGCAAGAUUUUACCGAAAAAAUAUAGUUUUUCUCCGGAAUCCACUCGAAACUAUCGUUCUUGUUCUGCCUCAGGCAAUACGCCUGCAACAGAUCCGAAAACUCCGUCAAGUGCAGCCUGUCCUCAACCUCGGUGUCUCGCACUAUGUUAUCAAAGAUCCACUGCCAACUGUCUUCAACCCACUCUCCCGCUUCUGCCACGCUCGUCGGCUCGUCAGUGGCUGCGCUUCCUUCAAACUCACACACAAUCACUUCUCGCACUCUCGGAGACGACCCUAUGUAUGAGAGGCACCAGCAAUGGAUGAAUUACUAUGGCAAAGUUUAUAAGGAUUCUCAAGAAAGGGAGAGUCGUCUAAAGAUAUUCGCAGAAAACGUGAACUACAUUGAAGCGUCUAACAAUGUUGACAGUAACAAAUCAUACAAACUAGGCAUCAAUCAAUUUGCAGACCUCACCAACGAGGAGUUCACAACAUCUAGAAACAAAUUCAAGGGGCAUAUGUGCUCCUCAAUCACAAGAACAUCUACUUUUAAGUAUGAAAAUGCAAGUGCGGUUCCAUCCACCGUUGAUUGGAGGAAGAAAGGAGCAGUGACUCCUGUGAAGAAUCAAGGCCAAUGUGGAUGUUGCUGGGCAUUUUCUGCUGUUGCAGCAACUGAAGGAAUUCAUCAGUUGAGUACAGGAAAAUUAGUCUCUUUAUCAGAACAAGAACUUGUUGAUUGCGACACAAAAGGUGUGGACCAAGGUUGUGAGGGUGGUCUUAUGGAUGAUGCUUUCAAAUUCAUCAUUCAAAAUCACGGACUCACCACUGAAGCUCAAUACCCCUAUCAAGGUGUUGACGGAACGUGCAGUGCAAACCAAGCAUCCACCCAAGCAGCUACCAUUACAGGAUAUGAAGAUGUCCCGGCCAACAAUGAGCAGGCACUACAAAAAGCGGUUGCAAAUCAACCAAUUUCUGUAGCCAUUGAUGCUAGCGGAUCCGACUUUCAGUUUUACAAAAGUGGUGUGUUUACUGGUUCAUGUGGAACUGAGUUGGACCACGGGGUCACUGCUGUGGGUUAUGGUGUGGAUAGUGAUGGAACCAAAUAUUGGUUGGUUAAAAACUCAUGGGGAACAGAUUGGGGUGAAGAAGGAUACAUUAGAAUGCAAAUGGGAGUUGAUGCAGCUGAAGGACUGUGUGGCAUUGCAAUGCAAGCAUCUUACCCUACUGCUUAAAUAUUAAACUGAAGUACUUAUGUUACCCAAACUCUGUAAAUCAAACUAAAUUAUGAAUGAUUGUGCAUUUAUCAUCUAUUAGCUGAUUCAAUCAUGGUUUCUGUAACUAUUUAAACAUAUUAUAUAUACAGCUACUUUGGCA